CGAUGCCGAACUGUGCGUUUCUACUUUCGCUGGUGUUAUUAAUCCAAUCGAAUCACGGGCUUAAAUCCGACGAACAGCUGAAAAAAUCUAUCUUAAAGUUUGGUUACCCAGUGGAGCUGCAUCAAGUUAUUACUGACGAUGGGUACGUGCUUACCAUGUCUAGAAUUCCUGCACCUGGGAAGACCCCACUAUUAAUCGCUCACGGUCUAUUCGGAUGUUCGGUUGAUGCAACCGUUCAAGGACCAAACAAAUCCCUAGCUCUGAUGGCCGCCGAUGGCGGUUUCGAUGUCUGGAUGACCAACAAUCGAGGAACUACCUAUUCCAAGAAGCAUCAAUCGUUAAACGUCCAAUCCAAAGAAUUUUGGCGGUUCAGUUUUCACGAGCUCGGACUGUACGAUCUACCCGCAAUGGUUGACCACGUUCUGGAACAAACCCGUCGAAAGCAAUUGAACUUCAUCGGACACUCUCAGGGGUCUACCCAAUUUUUAGUUCUUAACAGCUUACUUCCACAAUACAACGCAAAGUUCUCUAGCGCUCAUCUAUCUUCACCCGUUGCUUUUAUCCAUCGUGCCACAACUCCGGCAGUAUUCCUGGCACCUCGACUAGCUGAACUGGAAGCGGCCAUUAGAACACUCCGUCUGUACGAACUUGCCGGUCGUGGCAAUGGUUCCUACAUGGACGCCAUCGCAUUUGGCGUAAAAAUUGGUCUCCUACCCGUUGGUUUAGUACUGAUCAACACAUGGUACUUCAUUGGCUACCACGAUUCCGUAAAUCACUCCUUGGUACCGGAGUUGAUGCAGUACAGUCCGGCAGGAGGGUCCGCCUUCUCCUUCCUGCAUUACAUUCAGCUGUACAACGCCAAAACCUUCCAGCAGUACGAUUAUAAGUCGAAGGAAAAUCUUCGUCGCUACGGUAGUAAAAUCCCGCCGCCUUAUCCGCUGCACAAGAUUACCGCUCCAGUUUCGCUCUACUACAGUGAGUACGAUAGCUUUAAUCAGCCGGCCGAUGUGGAAGAAUUGGCCAGUCGGCUGCCGAACUUGAAGCUCAAGUACAGGAUUCCAGUGCGCGGGUGGAAUCACUUAGAUUUUUUGUACGCGUCAGAGGCGCAUCACGUUUAUAAAGAUAUUCUGUCUAGGUUGAGCAGAGAUUUUCUCUGAUGGCACAAAAGAUGAAAUAAGUCGUGUAAUGGUGACAAUAAAUAAU